AUGAAUCGAAGCGUCGCCAAGUCGGACAAUCUCAUCAAUAGCUUGAGUUUCUUCAGAAGCCACUGGGCCAUAUGGAAGUUAGUUGGAGCUACACAUGCACAGGUGGAUUGGAAGUGGCUCUACAUUGCCUAUAGUCUGAUCUUGAACCUUUUGGUAACCGUCUGGUAUCCGCUGCAUCUGGGCUUGUUACUGUUUCGAAAUAAAAGCCUCUCGGAUGACAUAACGAACCUUUCAAUUUUCGCAACCUGUCUAGCUUGUUCGUUAAAGUUCUCCAUUUAUGUGUACAAAUUCAAAAAGGUCGAGCAAAUGGAACAACUUCUUAAGCAACUCGACUCGAGAGUGGAAACCGUGGAAGAGAAGCUCAUCUACAGCCAGCUGAAAAAACAGCUGAGAGGCAUUCUCUUUGUCUUCAUAGGCAUCUAUCUGCCAGUUGGAGUUUUGGCCGAAAUGGGCUUCCUCUUUCAGAAAAGACGUGCCCUCAUGUAUCCUGGCUGGUUUCCCUUUGACUGGGUGAACUCAUCGCGUAACUAUUACAUCGCCCACGUAUAUCAGAUUGUGGGAAUCGGCAUCCAAAUAAUGCAAAAUUAUGUGAACGAUUGUUUUCCCGCGAUGAUGCUAUGCCUGAUCUCAGCUCACAUUCAGAUGCUGUAUGUACGCCUUCAAAAAGUCGGAGAGGACAAGAGUCUGUAUGCUGAGCAGCAACUGGAGGCGUGUAUAACAGAUCACAAGUGCUUGCUGGAACUCUUUCAAACUGUGGAGUCCUUCAUGUCGCUGCCCAUGCUCAUCCAGUUCGCUGUGACCGGCGUGAAUGUAUGCACGAGUAUAGCAGCGCUACUCUUCUUUGUCAGCGAGCCAUUCACUAUCGCAUAUUUCGUAUUUUAUACCUUCGGUCUUCCGCUGCAAAUCUUUCCCACCUGCUACUAUGGCACGGAUGUGGAGCUCUGGUUUGGAAAGCUGCACUAUGCGGCCUUCAGCUGCAACUGGCUGACGCAGGCACGCAGCUUCAAGAAGAAGCUGAUGCUGUUUGUGGAGCGCUCACUGAAGCGAACAGCGCCUAUGGCCGGUGGCAUGCUAGCCAUACACGUGAGCACCUUCUUCUCAACGCUGAGGUUCGCCUACUCGCUGUUCGCCAUUCUGCUCCGCAUGAGGAAAUAA